UGUCCGUCGGUGUUCGGUUGUUAGAUUUUGUGAGCUAUCUGGCCAAAAGGGUGACGGCCUCGCUAGGAUGAAGCUCGUGAGAUUUUUGAUGAAAUUGAGUCAUGAAACCGUAACAAUUGAAUUGGAGAAUGGAACACAGGUCCAUGGAACCAUCACAGGUGUGGAUGUCAGCAUGAACACACAUCUUAAAGCUGUGAAAAUGACCUUGAAGAACAGAGAACCUGUACAGCUGGAAACACUGAGUAUUCGAGGAAAUAAUAUUCGAUAUUUUAUUCUGCCAGACAGCUUGCCUCUGGAUACACUACUUGUGGAUGUUGAACCUAAGGUGAAAUCCAAGAAGAGGGAAGCUGUUGGAGGAAGAGGAAGAGGCCGAGGCAGAGGAAGAGGACGUGGCCGUGGUAGAGGAAGAGAGGGUCCUAGACGAUAAUGUCUCUCAAGAUUAGUGUUUCAAAGUGGUGAUAUGGGCUAUUUUU